GGGUGAAGGGGUGUAGUGUGUGUGUAUGGGGGGGGAGGGGUUGUAGUGUGUGUGUGUGUGUGGGGGGGAGAGGCUGUAGUGUAUUGUGUGUGUGUGUGUGUGUGUGUGUGUGGAGGGGCGGGGGAAGGUGUCAGUGCCCCUGCCGGCGGGGGGAGAUCAGGCAGAGCCGGCCGGCAGGGGCAGGUGUACGUGCGGCUUCCCUGCCCUGCCCUGCCCUGCCCGGCGCGCUGGAGGUGCGCGGCGCUCGCUGCUGGUGGUGGUUGCGCAUGACCCCUCCCCGCCCGCCCGCUCGCUCCCUCCCUCCCGGCGGCGGAGGUUAGCCUGAGCCUCAGACACAGGCGGCUGCUCGGCAGCAGCCGCGGCGACGCAGUGCAGAGGUGCGGGCAGGUUGCGCCGGCCCUGAGCCCUGUCUCCUUCGCGCCCCGCCUCUCUCCGGAGCCCUCUCGCCGCGGCGGCCUCCUCUCCCCGGUGUCGGGCCGGCCCCCCGGCCAUGAGCGCGGCGCGGGGUGUCCCCCCGCCGCGCCGCCUCCCCCGCCGCCCCCGGCGGCUGCCGGGCUCCAGGAAAGUAGCUUGAUGAGUGUCCAAAGUAGCAGUGGAAGUUUGGAGGGGCCGCCAUCUUGGUCCCGGCUCUCCACGUCCCCACCGAGCCUGCAGGGCUGCUCCUCGGCGGCGGCCUCCCUGCUGCACAGCGCGCCGCCCGGCAAGCCGCCCAAGGAAGGUGCAAUGGAUGAGCUUCAUAGCCUGGACCCAAGAAGGCAAGAAUUGUUAGAGGCCAGAUUUACAGGAGUAGUGAGUGGCAGCACUGGGAGUACUGGAAGUUGCAGCGUUGGAGCUAAAGCCUCAACAAAUAAUGAAAGUUCUAAUCACAGUUUUGGAAGCUUGGGAUCUCUAAGUGAUAAAGAAUCAGAGACUCCGGAGAAGAAACAAUCAGAACCUUCCAGGGGAAGAAAGAGGAAAGCAGAGAACCAGAGCGAAAGCAGCCAAGGGAAAAGUAUUGGGGGACGUGGUCACAAAAUUAGUGACUAUUUUGAAUACCAAGGUGGAAACGGCUCCAGUCCUGUAAGAGGCAUAUCUCCUGCAAUCCGUUCUCCUCAAAAUUCACAUUCACAUUCCGCCCCUUCUUCUGUUCAACAGAAUAGUCCUUCUCCUACUGCGUUAGCUUUUGUGGACCACCCUGUUACACAGCCAAAACAGUUAUCAUUUAAAAUCACUCAGACUGAUCUCACGAUGCUGAAAUUAGCUGCACUGGAAAGUAAUAAAAAUCAGGACUUGGAAAAGAAAGAAGGUCGUAUAGAUGAUUUGCUCAGGGCUAACUGUGAUCUUAGAAGACAAAUAGAUGAACAACAAAAGCUACUUGAAAAAUAUAAAGAAAGGUUAAACAAAUGCAUUUCAAUGAGCAAGAAACUUCUGAUUGAAAAGAGCACACAAGAAAAGCUGGCAAGCAGAGAGAAGAGUAUGCAAGACAGAUUACGCCUCGGGCAUUUUACAACAGUUCGACAUGGUGCUUCAUUUACUGAACAGUGGACAGAUGGCUUUGCAUUUCAAAAUCUUGUGAAGCAGCAAGAAUGGGUGAAUCAACAAAGGGAAGAUAUCGAAAGGCAAAGAAAGCUCCUAGCCAAACGAAAACCUCCAUCUACGAAUAAUUCUCAAGCACCAUCUGCCAAUUCAGAACCAAAACAGAGGAAAAAUAAAGCUGUCAAUGGGGCAGAAAAUGAUCCCUUUCUUAGACCCAGUUUACCACAGCUAUUGACUCUAGCAGAAUAUCAUGAACAGGAAGAAAUUUUCAAACUUAGAUUAGGACAUCUUAAAAAGGAAGAAGCCGAAAUACAAGCAGAACUUGAACGUUUGGAAAGAGUUAGAAAUCUUCACAUACGAGAACUCAAAAGAAUAAACAAUGAAGAUAAUUCACAGUUCAAAGAUCAUCCCACAUUAAAUGAACGAUAUUUGUUACUUCAUUUACUUGGUCGAGGUGGCUUCAGUGAAGUAUAUAAGGCUUUUGAUCUUUAUGAACAAAGAUACGCUGCUGUGAAAAUACACCAACUUAACAAAAGCUGGAGAGAUGAGAAGAAGGAAAACUACCACAAACAUGCCUGCAGAGAGUAUAGAAUACACAAAGAACUGGAUCAUCCCAGGAUAGUUAAACUCUAUGACUACUUCUCCCUGGAUACAGAUACGUUUUGUACAGUGUUGGAGUACUGCGAAGGCAAUGAUUUGGAUUUCUAUCUCAAGCAACAUAAACUGAUGUCAGAGAAGGAAGCUAGGUCCAUUGUAAUGCAAAUAGUAAAUGCACUACGGUAUCUCAAUGAGAUCAAGCCCCCUAUUAUACACUAUGAUCUUAAGCCAGGUAACAUCCUUCUAGUAGAUGGAACGGCAUGUGGAGAAAUAAAAAUCACUGAUUUUGGUCUCUCUAAAAUAAUGGAUGAUGACAGCUAUGGUGUGGAUGGAAUGGACUUAACUUCACAAGGGGCAGGAACUUAUUGGUACUUGCCUCCAGAGUGUUUUGUAGUUGGGAAAGAGCCGCCAAAGAUUUCAAACAAGGUUGAUGUAUGGUCAGUUGGAGUAAUCUUUUUCCAGUGUCUUUAUGGAAGAAAGCCAUUUGGUCAUAAUCAAUCACAACAAGAUAUCCUACAAGAAAACACAAUAUUAAAAGCCACAGAAGUCCAGUUCCCAGUUAAACCUGUUGUAAGCAAUGAAGCCAAGGCCUUUAUCAGACGCUGUUUAGCCUACCGCAAAGAGGAUCGAUUUGAUGUCCACCAGCUGGCUAACGAUCCUUAUCUUCUCCCUCACAUGAGAAGAUCAAAUUCUUCAGGAAACUUGCAUAUGACUGGGCUGGCAGCAUCCCCUACACCACCUACUUCAAGCAUUAUUUCGUACUGAAAUUUCUCCAAGUGAAGACUGGCAUGAUAUAUUUGUAGUUUCCAAAUGCAGACUAGUUUGUGAGCAUUUGAGUGUUUUUACACAGGACAAGUUUGAUUACUGUGUUUUCAGACUGAAGUCCUUCUGCUUAGUGUCCAUUUGUAUGAUGGGAGUGGAUCAUGGACUGUGAAUAAAUAUACCCUUCUGACUGUAACCUUUAAACAUUGAAGAAUGACACUGCUUGUUGCACACAAAUCGAUGUGCUAUGUUUAAGAGUAAAGAAAAGGUUUGGGGUUUUUUUGGGAACACUGUAAAUAAUCUUUUUAAUACUUAUAAAGUACAUUUGGUUGAUACUGGAGAGUGCUAACAUGAAGGGUAGUUUUUCAUUAUUUAAAUAAGAAAAGUAAUGGACAAAUUUGAACACACAGGAAAGGUUCAGUGUCUGGACAUAAAAACAAAACAAAAACCUACUUCCCAAGUAGUUGAAACCAAAGUUAGAAGUGAGUGUCACAGCUGUAUUCUGUAUUAAGCUUUUCAGAUAAAAUUAUAAUCUUUUAUUUGGCCUUAUUAAAGGCUGUACCUCAAAACCCAUGUGUUCUUGUUUCACUGAGAUUUUGAAGGGUGAUGCAUAGUUUCUGGUACAUUAUCCCUCAAAUAGCUAAUUUUGAACCCAUCUACAUUUUUCAAAUUUAUUGUACUUGUCACAAGUUUUGACAAUACUGCCACUUUCCAGGCCUUUGAUAAAAGUAAAUGAUAGCAUAUAUCCAAAUGCAGACAGGUUAUGUAUGAUGUUCUAUGCAGGAUAAUGAUGAAUUCCCUUCUACGGCUAUUGUAAAUUGUUGUACAGAGGUCAUAUUUUCAGUUAUUAAAUUUCAGCAACUUAUUUCUGUACAAAUGUUUAAAGUAUGGCUUUUUCUAAUUGGAUAUUGUAUUUUUUUUAAGUCUCCUUGAAGGCGCUUUUAAUUGCUGCUAAAUUAUGUUGCUUUUACUUUUGCAAAAGAAUCAGAUGACCUCCUUAAAGUGCAAGUCAACUGUACGUUAUAGAGAGAUUAAAAGUAGAUGAUUCAUUAACAAUCAAGGCAUGUAAAAGAAAUCUGUGUUGGACAUAUACAGUACAGAUCUUUAAAUAGGUUUCUUGUGCUCUCAACCUGUGGAGCACAUUGAUACUAGAUGUAGAAGUUGUUCAUGGUUAUUUUCUAUUUCUGGAAGUUACUAUCAACAAGGAAAUGUUUCUUGUGGCUUGUACAGAUAUUUUAAAAUGUGAAACAUUUUCUAACUGCCUUGUAUGGUAGAAACUUAUUCUUCAGAACUCUGUCUCUCUUACGUACAUUAUUCCUUUUACUGUCCCAUUCAUGAUGCUGAAUACGUAAAUGUAAUUUUGUCCAUGCUGCAGAAAAAGGAGGCUGUAUUACCACAGGUUUUCAUUUAAUAUUGUACAGUUAAACUGUGGCUCUUGUUUUUGAUGUUACAAGCCAUUUUGUUUUAAUUGUACAUAAAGAUACAUUAACUGUCUCUUUAAGAUGCUGCUGAAAUUGUAGAGAAUGUAGCCAAAACAGUAAUAAACAAUGACAGUUGAAAUUUCAA